ACCUCUGGCUCCCUCGAGAUUGUUCGCUACUUGCUUGAUCAGAAAGCCCAGGUGGAUCUGCCCGACAACUCCGGUUGGACGGCACUUCACAUUGCCUCUAGCGCAGGCCACGAAGACAUCGUCCGAGAGCUGCUUGGAGCCGGCGCGGAUGUCAAGAAACCGAAUGACAAAGGGCUGACUCCUCUGUGCGCUUAUUGA